GACGGGUACAAGGUUUUCCCCGUUGUUUCACACGUGAUAGGGGAGACGCGCACGCGCGGUUUGCGCUCCUCCCUCAGCCUCCUGCUCUCAGGUUAUCAUGGCGGCCGGAGGGAGCGGUGUUGGCAUGGGGAUGCCUGCGUCUCCGCUGCUGGACUGGGAACGGGAAGGUGCGGCCAAAGAGGCAGCGGAAGGAGUGAAAGCUGGGACCUGUACUGUCUUAGAUGUCGUGGAAAAUCUGCGAUCCCCUCUUGAGAAUGCAGAACCUCGAAUUCGUGCCCAGGGCAUCCAAAUGCUCUCUGAUGUUCUCCUGCAGUGUUACUCUUUACUCCAAGAGCAGGAAGUGACCCAUCUUGUCUUGUUCUAUGAAAACCGACUGAAAGAUCAUCACCUUGUCAUUCCUUGUGUUCUGCAAGGACUGAAAGCUCUGAGUAUGUGUGGGGUAUUGGCUCCAGGUCUGGCAGUGUCUGUCCUCAAAGCCAUCUUCCAGGAGAUUCAUGUCCAGUCUUUGCUGCAAUUGGAUCGGCAUACUGUGUACAGCAUCAUCAUGAACUUCAUGAGCAACCGAGAGACAGAGCUGAAGAGCCUGGGUGCUGAUUUCACCUUUGGCUUCAUCCAAGUGAUGGAUGGGGAGAAGGACCCACGCAACCUGCUGAUAGCCUUUCAGAUAGUACAAGACAUAAUUGUAAAGGGCUAUGCACUAGGACCCUUUACAGAGGAGCUGUUUGAAGUUACUUCCUGCUACUUCCCCAUCGAUUUUACCCCUCCUCCCAAUGAUCCCCAUGGAAUUCAGAGAGGAGAUCUGAUUGUCAGCCUGCGGGCAGUGCUGACCUCCACCCCUGCUUUUGCUGAGUUCCUGCUCCCCUUGCUCAUAGAGAAAAUGGACUCUGACGUACAAAGUGCCAAGUUGGACUCCUUGCAGACCCUGAGUGCUGCCUGUGCAAUCUAUGGAGAGAAAGAGCUGAAGGAAUUCAUACCUAGCCUUUGGUCAUCCUUACGUAGAGAGGUAUUUCAGACAGCGAGUGAGAAAAUUGAAGCAGAAGGUCUGUCUGCUUUGCGUGCCCUGUCAACAUGUUUGUCCCGCUUGGUGCUCAGUUCAGAUGAUGAGGAUCUUCUAGAUUCCUUUCUUAGAGAUGUCUUGCAAGAUUGCAGACACCAUUUGUGUGAGCCUGACAUGAAGCUCGUGUGGCCAAGUGCCAAGCUCUUGCAGGCAGCUGCUGCGGGCUCGUUGCGGGCCUAUUACCAGAUCACUAGCAGUGUAAUUCCCUUGCUGGUAGAAGAGUAUGCCAAACAUGUGCAGAGUAGCCAGCACAGGACAAUCUUGGAGGUGCUGCUUGGUUUCUUGGAGCUGCGACAAAAAUGGGGUCCUGGAGAGGAAGAGAAAAGUCCACUACUUUCCUCCAAAGCUUCUCUGUGUUCGAUGGUGUUCUCUGCACUUACUGAGUCCAAUGUGCAACUGCAGUUGGUUGGGAUCCAGGUGCUGACUUUUCUAGGAUCACUGCAAGGGCUUCUGGCUCCACCAGAUGUGGAGAUGCUUGUGGAGCAUCUUGCAAAGUUUAUCUUGAAUGAAGAGGAUUCCCAGACCAGCUUGGCAGCUAUGAAGGCAGCUGGCACCUUGUCUCCUGUCUAUCCAGACGCCUUCAGCAGAUACUUGGUUCAGAAGCUUUCAGAAGGGCUACAGUCAGAACUUCAGGAGGAGAGCGAUCCAACGCAGCGGGAACGUUGCCUGCAGGCUUUGGCAGCAGUGUCUACUCAUCCAAGUAUAAUGAGGGAAACUGUUCCAGUCCUCCUGCAAUGCCUCCAGCAAGUUCAGAAAGGCAAAAUGCCAGCAAGUAUCCAGUUUGUUGUGUCUGUGUGCCAGAGUCUACAGCAGGUGGCAUUGCAGUGCCAUCGAGAUACUCAGAGCUAUUGGUACUUUCACCAAGCUGUGGUGCCCUGCUUAUUGGGUUUAGCAGUGCAAGAUGCUAUGCAAGAGAACUCACAUACCGUGUUAAGCAAAGUGCUGCUGAAGGAGGAAGCCUUAUCAGCCAUGGUACCUGUCAUCAGUGCUGCUUGUAUGCACUUAAGCCCAGAGCUGGCUGCUCAGAGUGUCUCCAAAAUGGUCCCCCUGUUCUUAGAUGGAGAGCUAUCCUUUCUGCCUGGAAACAGUUUCCCCAGCAUUUUCCAUCCUUUCCAGGAUGGGCAAUGUCCAGUGGCAGCCCAGAGAAGGCUUGUUGCUCUCCUCAUGGCCUUUGUCUGCUCACUGCCAAAAAACGUUCCAAUUCCACAGCAGGACCGGUUGCUACAUGAGCUGCUAGCUCUGAGCUGCUCCUCUGAUUGCCCCUUCACUGCCACAGCUGCUGCUAAGUGCUUUGCAGGACUAGUUAACAAGCACCCAGCAGGACCUCAGCUAGAUCAACUCUUGGAAAUGGCCAUGAACAAGCUGGAGCAAGGUCUGAAUGAGGGUCCUCAUCAAAGCCAGACCCUCACUCUGCUGCUGUGGAUAACUAAGGCUUUGUUGCUACGCUACCAUCCUCUAACCACACAACUGACUGACAAGCUGCUCAUGCUUCUGGAGAACCCUGUCCUUGGCCCUACUGUCAGUGAUGGCUUUGCCUUGCUCAUGGGUGACUCCCCAGAUGUGCUGGGCAAGAGCUGCCAUGCUGAAGUGCGCCUCAUGUUCCGACAGCGCUUCUUCACUGACUGUGUACCACAGUUAGUGCACGGAUUCCACACAGCUGCCCCUGGUGUGAAAGCAAAUUAUCUGAAAGCCCUGUCCCACAUACUGAACCAUCUACCUAAGCCGGUAUUAGUGACAGAGAUGCCUACAUUGCUACCACUGUUGCUGGAAGCUCUGUCAUGUCCUGACCAUGUGGUCCAGCGGUCAACUUUGCAUUGUCUGCAGCCAUUGUUACUUGAAGCACCUCAUGUUAUGAGCCUGCAUAUUGACACACUUGUGGGCAAGUUUCUUAACCUGACAGACAACCCUGCUAUGGCAAUCCGUAUUGCUGCUCUUCAGUGCCUCCAUGCACUUGCUGCCCUACCCACCCCAGUGGUCAUCCCUUACAAGGCAAGGGUAAUUAAGGCACUUGCCAAACCCUUGGAUGACAAGAAGCGGUUGGUUCGGAAAGAAGCCGUGUUGGCCCGAGGAGAGUGGUUUCUGCUUGGCACCCCUGGCAGGUGAAGGUUCACCCUGUAUAUCCUGAUUGACAAUCUCUCUUGUCCCUGCCAAGCCAUCAGCCUUGAUGUCAUGGGAUCUGCAUUUCCUUGCAAAGCAGCAAGGUUCUGAGCAGAUGUGGAGGACAUUUUUAAUGGACUGCCUUUUCUGUGUACUGGUAGAGUCCUGAUCACAACAUCUGUGUCCAAUGGAAUGAAACAGCCAUCUCAAUUCCAGCUGCAUUGGAGUUGUGCAUAAAGGUGGCAGGACCCCUGCACGCUACGUGUGUGGCACCAGAAGAAUAAACAACAUGUUUCUUAAAAGCCUCUGGAGAAGGGUCCUCUUGUGGGAAGAAAAGUAGAAGCAGUGAGCUGCUGCUAGCCUUCCCUUCACCAUUUAUUUGUGUAUCACUAUCCCACAUCUUAACAUUAACAUCUUAGCAUAUCUGUAAAAUCAGUUACCCUGUGAUUCUGACCUAAACUUACUUGAUAGUUCAUCCAGUCCUUUGUUUUUCAAAAGGUACACACAGUGAAUGAAAGCAGUAAGUGAAAUGAGGUAUAUGAUAAUUUUUAAACAACUUUAAAAUGUUCAGGGAAUUCAGAGUAUGUAGCAAGAGCUAGAAAACUCUUGCCACAUACUCAGUGAGUCCUUUAUAUCCCAGGCUUUGAGUAGGGGCUUAAUUUUUUUUAAAGAACAUACCCUUUUGCCAUAGUGACAAGUAAUUACAUCAGCAUCUGGGGUUUUGUCUCUACUAGUCUGGAUAAUAAUUGCUUUCUGUCAAGAAAAAUAUCUAGCUGUCAUAAUAGUUUGGAGUUCAGAAAUCUACUGAGGCUUGUGUGAGACAUUCCCUCUUUAAUCCAUAUUUUUAAGGGGUUAACUUCAUAAUGCUCUUCAGUUUAUCACUACUUUCAGCCAUGGCAUAAGAUGCUACUACAGACAUAUAAGGCUAUAGGGUCCCCUGAUUUAUCCAUUGUCAUUUGCCUUUAAAGAUAACCGACCGAUGAAGUCAGUUGCAUUGCAUUUUUUGCUAGAAGAACCAGCCUGAAUGGUAGUAAGAACAGGAUAGAAAUAGUGUAGUGGUUGUGGAAGUUACUGCCUUUCAGCCACAGAAUUCAUGCUUUGUCCCAAGAAGAUUUUAGGCUCCCCAGUACAUCUGCCUCUUUCAAGAAUGCAGGAAAGACGUCUGGGAAAGACAGCUGUGGUGGAAUGAACACAAUCCUACUCUCAAAUACUUAGUAAUAAUAAACUUUACAAACUCUUUAUA